AGGCUAAAACCCUCAACUGACAAAAAGGAAAAUGAAAAGGACCUGAAAAAAUGCCCAUCAAGUUCCAUCUCUACCAACGACACCGGGGCCCUGAACCCAAGUGUCCAUGUCUUCGACGUCGAGUGCGCUGAACCAGGCCCUGGAAGCUACUCUCGAAUCUCGGGCUAAGCGAAGAAUCCUCCGUCGAUUACCACCGCCGUCGACACCCACUGCAACAACUGUUGUCGACUUCACUUCGAAUGAUUACCUCUCAUUAUCAAUCUCUCCCCAUCUUCAUAACCAUCUUUUGACUACUCUCUCUCAUUCAGAACACAUUUUGGGCUCAGGAGGGUCACGCUUGCUCGUUAACCCCGUCACACAUCACGAUCUUGAACUACGACUGGCAACUUUUUUUCGUCACACACAGGAAGGAACGUUACUUUUUAACUCGGGAUACGAUGCAAAUGUUAGCUUCUUUUCUACCGUGCCUCAGCCUGGGGAUGUCGUCGUUUAUGAUGAAUACAUCCAUGCGAGUGUGCACGAUGGAUUGCGAUCGGGGUGUAGAGCGCAGAAAAGGGUUUCUUUUAGAAAUAACGAUACGACGUCGUUAAUUUCCGUUUUGGAAGGCCUGUUAGACGAGAAUGAUAAGAACGGGCUGGGGCUGAGGUUGAGGAAUGGAACGUCCUCUCUGUUCCUGGCAGUUGAAACCGUGUACAGUAUGGACGGGACCUUUGCUCCUCUAAAGGCGAUGAUUCAAGUCUUGGAAGACUUGCUACCGUGCAGGAAUGGAUAUUUGAUUGCGGACGAAGCUCAUGCGACAGGGUUGUAUGGGCCUCAGGGUCGCGGACGCGUCGCGUUGGAAGGACUCGAAGGACACCCCAGGAUUCUGGCGAGGUUGUGUACGUUCGGGAAGGCGCUGGCUGCUACUGGUGCUGUUAUCUUGACCACCCCACUGGUAGCGAGAUACAUGACCAACUACGCAAGGCCGUUGGUUUACACUACCGCACUAUCCCAUCUAGCUAUUAUCGCUGCAUCAUGUUCCUUCGAUAUGCUAGAAGAUGGGACAGCUGAGGCACUAGCAGAACGGGUGUUGGGGAUGAGUCGGUGGUUUUCAAAACAACUCAGAGAACAACUCAGAGAGGAGAACAUCGGGACUGAGUUCCUUCGAGUUGGUAUUGAAGAAUUUGAUAAGGAAGAACCGGAAAGGUCGUCCCUGCACUUCCACUCUCCAAUCAUACCGUUGUUGACCCCACCGCCACCCUCCUUGACCGAAAACAAAAGUUAUUCCCCGGCCCACGAUCUCUCGUCUCAUCUUCUGACGAAAUACCGAAUUCAUGCGCGGCCGAUCACUUGGCCUACGGUGCCUAAAGGUCAAGAUAGAGUUCGCAUCUGUUUACAUGCAGGACAUACGGAGGAACAGGUUGCAGCUUUAGUUGAGGGGGUUGUGGAAUGGGGUAAGAUGAGGGCGAGAGCGGUUCAGGAGGGUAGAGUAAUGGUUAGGAAUAGACUUUGAAAAAGAGAGCGUUUGUAUUAAUUUGUAGAGUAUCAGGCUUUAUAUCUAAAUUUUCCCUCUAGAUUUUACUUGUACC